UUUAUCAGGAGUGGACGCGAUCUGAGGAGUGAAGCUGGAGUUGAAGACAGAGUGUGUGAGCGCGAUGAAGGAGCGUGAGCGUGAGCUGCUCAGCCAGCUCAGCGCUCCUAUGGACCAGAAGAUUGCGACUAUCCUGCGACGCAUGCACGACGAGCACCGCCACCUGCUGCAGAGCCAGCUCACGCUGCUGCGCCGUGAGUGCGAGGGGCGCGGCGUGCCCACGCAGACGGUCACGCUGUCGCACAGCGACGCCAUGACGCCCGGAUGGCGACGCGGACAUCAGCGCGACCGGGCGACGCCCCGCGCGUCAGAACUGUCGUCGGACGGCGAUGCCGAUCACCUUGACGAUGGCGCGCACGAGAUCGUCAUGGCGACGGACGACGACGUCGUGUCGAGUCGGCUCGCCGCCGGUGACGAGAUCGUGACGCAGUACGUCGACGAGCAGGAUGAUGUCAUCAUAAGCGACUCACAUGAAGUGGUGAUGUCAUCGUCGCAGGCAGGCGACGACGGGACAGUCGAAGAAGUGGUGUUGCUGGAGCAGAGCGAUGUGGUUUCUUGCCAGCAGGUGGCACGCCGUGCAACACUGGCAGCACUGUGCUGUCGCUGGUCGAUUCUCAUAUCAACGAGCUGCCUGUCCAGUUGCCAGAUGAGGAUGGCUCUCCGAGAAGGAGUGUUCGGACCUAUGGAAGAGCGAAGAGAAACUCUGGUGCUAUAUCUGACUCGAAAAGAGUGCGCAAAGAGGCGAAAAUGAAAGCGUCUGCAAGUGUAUGUGCGCAUAUUUGCGCAUGCAUGUAUACAUUUGCGCAUAUUCGUACAUGUGUGCGUGUGUUUGUGUGUGUCUAUAUGGGCAAGUUCAGACUGAGUGCAUGCGUGUGCACACAUUUUGUACAUGAUUGUGUGUGCGUGCGUUCGUGCGUGUGUCCAUUUAAGUCUGCGUGCGUGUGGCUUAUGUGUAUGUAAGCGGCCACGCAGCCCAACAUGUUCAGCAAAUAGUUAAAGAAUAUCACUGUCAACUGUAAUUUAGGUAUCAUUGCAUAAUUUAUUAAGACCUGCUAUCGCUUUUAGCUUCAUGUAUAGACAUAGUGUUUUAUACUAUGGAUUCAUAGCGUGUUGUAGCAUUUAUGUAUUAGAGCGUAACCUUAGGAACAACUAUGUCGGUAUAUUAUAACGUUUGUCAGUGUUUGUGCUAUAUUGUGCUCACUGUAUUAUGAUUUUUGACCUUGUUGUGUAUGUACAUAGAUAACAUUUCAUUGUUAAUAAAAUAUUACAUUUAUAUUAAAUGGAA